AUGUCUUCUAUGAAAGCAUUAGUCACCCAAGGCAACGGCUUUGUAUCCGUCCAAUCCGUUCCCACUCCGGUCGCCGGCCCCGGCGAGGUACUCGUCAAGGUGCAUUACUCCGCUCAAAACCCGUCCGACUGGAAAUCCGUCAACGGCUCUCCGCCCGUCGCCCCACCCGCCCCGGCCGGCCUGAUCGUCGGCACCGAUUUUGCGGGUACCAUCGAGGACCCGAACGGCUCCACAUGGCGGAAGGGCCAGCGCGUCGCCGGGUUCGUGCAAGGAACCAGCAACAACGGUACCCCUGCCAAUCUGAUUCGCGGCGGGUUUGCGGAGUAUGUUCCCGUUGAGUCGACGCUGCUCUUCGAGGUUCCCGACAGUGUAGAAUUGAAGGAUGCCUCUACAAUCGGCCUCGCGUUUGCGACUAGUGUGCAGGCUCUGUACCAGCGUCUUGCGCUCCCAGAGCCCUCUGGCGCAAAUAGCGACAACUGGGUUUUGAUAUACGGCGGUGCUACUAGUGUUGGGAACUACGCUAUUCAACUUGCAAAAUUGAGCGGCCUGCGUGUCAUCACCACUGCAUCUCCUCGGAACCAUGAGUACCUGAAGGCUCUGGGUGCUGACGUUGCGCUUGACUAUCAUGGCGACUGGGCUGCGGAAGUGAGAAAGCUUACGGAUGGCAAGCUUCACCACGCGCUUGACACUGUGUCUGAGCACGGCUCGACGUUGAAUAUUGCCAAGGCUCUUUCGAACAGUCCGGGUGAUCACGUCCUCACUCUCAUACCAACUCACCCACCCGCGAAGGAGGAGAUCAAGGCUGUUAACCCUCACACCAAGAUCGAGUGGACUGUUGUCUAUACUGUGUUUGAACGGGCUCUUCCUUUUCGUUUCGACAAUUGCGGCGACGAGACGCCCCAAGACAAGAAAGUCUGGGAAAAGUACCUGACACUUUUGCCUCAGUACUUGGAGCGAGGUCAGGUGAAGCCGAACCAAGUUCGGGAGCUUGGCGGACUGGAGAGUGUAACUGAAGGAUUCAGACUAUCCGAAGAAGGCAAGGUUUCGAAUGAGAAGUUGGUAUACAAGCUCUUGUAG